AUGAACCUGGAUGAGAUUCAGGAGAGAGCAGUGUGUUAUGUCCAUGGGGGGUGGAGCAAGGAAGGAAUUCAACAUGGAAAAGGAAAGUUGAAUCUUAAUGUCCAUGCAAAUGACAUGUGUUCAGGGAACAAUUCUAAUAACCUGGCUAUGUUCAAGUUGACCAUGGUUCAAACAUGUAUGGCUGCCAAGGGUUCUGUUCUGUCAACCGGUGCUUAA